AUGAGUUUCCGGUUUCGUAUUAAAAUAAUAUUAAUUAAUUUUUUUUUAAUAAAUUUUAUUAAUUGUUUAUUAAGCGUGAAUGGCGACGAUGAUGAGGAGGAGGAUAUAAAAAUCGAUAAUCAAUGGAAAGAUUUAUUGAAUUUCUAUAGAAAUAAAAGUAGGGAAAAUUACGAUUUAUUAGGAGACGAACCAAUAUUAAAUCCAAACGAUGAUAACAUUUACGAAAAUUUAAAUUCGAAAUUUUUAUGGAAAAGUUUACUAACGGAAAAUGGAUUCGAAGAUGAUUUAAUUGAUGAAAAAAAUAAUGGCGGAGGUUCUUCGUUGGCAUUCGUUUUCGAUUCUACUGGUUCGAUGAGAGAUGAAUUAAAUCAAGUUAAAACGGGUGCUAAAAAAAUAUUAGAAACUAUAAGAAAUAAUACGGAUAAUCCUAUAUAUAAUUAUAUUUGGGUACCUUUUAACGAUCCAGUUAUCGGUCCGAUCACGGUCACGACAAAUCACGAUAUUUUCCAAGAAAAAAUGGGUAACGUAUUUGCCGUCGGGGGAGGAGAUUGUCCGGAAGUAUCGAUAGGAGCAAUAAAAAAAGCUCUGGAAUCAAGUUUGCCACAUUCAUACGUAUACGUUUUCACUGAUGCUCCAGCAAAAGAUUAUCAUUUGAUAAGUGACGUCAUCACAUUGGUACAACAAAAAAAAACUCAAGUCGUUUUCAUAAUAACCGAAGGAUGCAUCGAUACGAAAAGUCAAGAUUAUAAAUAUUAUGAAAAAAUAGCGGAAACGAGUUCGGGACAAAUAUACAAUCUUAAAAAAAAAGAAGUCGAAGAGGUAUUGAAAUACGUUAAAGUCGCACUUCAAUCUCACGUCGUGUCUUUGAUUUCGUUAAAAAAACCGGGACCGGUUAAUGGGACGCCGGAUAACGUUCAAGUUAUCGUCGAUGAUUCUCUCAAACAAUUUACAAUAUCCGUUUCCGGUUUGAAUGCUACUAUCGACGUUGGAGACCCGUACGGUACGAUAAUUGACGGACCUCCGAGAUUAGAAAAAGUAUUAAAUUUAGAUAAUAUAAAAGUUGUCAACGUAAACGAACCGAAUCCGGGAACGUGGAACGUGAAAGUUAAAAGCGAUUCUGAUUACACGAUCAAAUCGACGGGUUUAAGCAAAUUAAAUUUCAAUCAUGGGUUUUCGACGAUAAAAACGCACAACAUAAAAGAAACGAGUAACAGGCCGUUGAAAGGUUCGAAAUCUCAUAUUUUAAUACAAACGACAAACAACGAACACAUAUACAACAUAACAAACAUGGAUUUUGUUAAUUUGAACGGUGACGUCAUUGACAAUGUUAAAUUGAGAGGAGUGAAUGGUAGGAUAGGUUUAUACGAGGGAGGAAAUUUUACAUCCCCGAAUGAUUUUUUUUACUUAAGGAUAAACGGAUUCGAUCGUGAUGGUUUUCCUAUAAAACGUAUAACAUCGACAGCAAUUAGCGGUCAAUUACCGGAAAGGCCUAUCGUUACAAUGAAAGGAAAAGCCACGGGUAAAAUAAAUGCUGUAGGAGUGAUUAAAUGUCACGUCGAAUCUGUCGUACCUUUUACCGUCAAAUGGUAUAAAAAUGGAAAAUAUUUAAACAAAGAACAAAAUUGCAGCGAAACGUGCGAAGCCAUUUUUGUUAUCGAUAAGGUUACUUUCCAAUCGGAAGGUGAAUACACGUGUGAGGCUAAUAAUGUGGCGGGUAUCAAUAAGAAAAUAUUACAACUCACGGUAACGGGAGAUGCUCCUUACGUGGAAGUCAAUCAAUCGGUUGUUGCUGUUUUGGGACAAUCAGUUCAUCUUGAUUGUAGGGUUAAUAGUAAAAUUCCAUAUGCGGUUAUGUGGGCUCAAUUCACUGUUAAAAAUUUACAUUCGGGAACCCUACAUCCUUCAUCAACGGGAGUACAAAUGCCUAAUAAUACUCUCUAUAUAAAAACAGUAAAAGCAGAAGACGAAGGUUGGUAUAUAUGCGUGGCAAAAAAUAACGCCGGAGAAUCUCAGAGACGAGUUUUAUUAAUAAUUAAAGAACCUUUAACGGUAAAAGUCGAACCUAAUUUAUUAAAUUACGUCACUGGAGAUUUUGCUAGAUUGAAUUGUUCGGUGUCUGGAAAACCUCGACCCAAAAUCGAAUGGACAAAAAAUCAACAACCUAUCGAGGAACAUUCCGUCAUAUUCGAAGAAAUAAAUGAAAAUUUAAAUUUGGUCAUCGAUUACCUGGAUAAAAAACAUGCUGGAAUUUAUUCGUGUAAUGCAGUCAACGAACAAGAAUCAGCAUCGUCAUCCGUUAAAUUAAUUUAUUGGGAAAGUCCAACGAUAAAAGCAAAAGAAAAUAAUUUGAUAAUAAAAUCUGGAACGAAUAUUAAAAUGAAAUGCGUUGCAACUGGAGAACCCAAACCUAAUAUCACGUGGUUUUCAAAAGGGAAAAAUUUUAACGAAUCAAAAUACGAGAUGGGAGAAGAUAGUUUGACCAUUAAAUCGACGAACGUAACGGAUUCUGGAGAAUAUUCGUGUAAGGCAACUAACGAUGCAGGAUUUGCUAUAGAUCAUAUAGGUCUUACAGUAGGAUCAUCUCCGACAUUUUUACGAGCACCAAAAAAAAAAUCGAUACAUAUCAAUCAAACAGGAACGAUACCUUGUUCUGCAUUUGGCGUACCUUUACCCGAAAUAAAAUGGAAAAGAUCCGACGGGAAAAAUAUCGAUCCGAGCAGAAUGUUUAUACUUCCGAACGGAUCGUUAAAAAUAAUUCGUACAAUUUAUCAAGAUGGCGGAAAGUAUAAAUGCAUAGCUGAAAAUGUUUUCGGUAAUAACACGUACGAAAUUUUUAUUAAUGUUACCGGAAUUGAAAAACCUACUACGAUCGAAAACGAUUCCGAAACGGAAAUCAAAACUAUUUCCGGCGGGGAAUUAAUCAUACCGUGUGGAAUUUCACUCGGUAAUCCUCCGGGAAAAGUAAAAUGGUUUAAAAAUGACGUGGAAUUAAUUAAAACGGAUAAAAUAUCAUGGAACGAUUCUGGAGAUUUAAAAAUAAAAGAUUCGAAAGGUGAAGAUGGCGGAAUUUACACGUGCGUUGCUGAAAACGUCGUUGGAAAAAUUUCCCGCGAAUCGAACAUCGUCAUAUCCGAAAGUCCAAAAAUUACCGACGCAAAAGAAAUAAAAUACAAUCCUCCCAAAGGUGGGGAAGUUAUUAUAAAAUGUCCUGUCAAAGGGUAUCCCAAACCGAUCAUAACCUGGACCAAAGAUGAUAAACCACUACCAAUGUCGUCAUCAAUAUUUCAAGACGAAAAGGGAAGUUUGAUAAUAAAAAAUUUAACGGAAAAAAACACGGGGAUUUACACGUGCACGGGUUCAAAUUCAUUGGGAUCCGUUAAAAAAGAAACGUCCGUUCAAGUCCAAGUUUUACCCACGUUUGCUGAUGACGUAUUACAAGAUUUACCAAUAAACAUAGUCGAGGGUAACAUGGUCGUAUUGAAUUGUAAUGCGAGCGGAACGCCAGAACCGAUAUUUAAAUGGUUUAAAGAUGACGAACCAUUUUUAAACAAUCUCAUACAACCUAAAAUUUUAAGAUUUUUAGCUAAAACUGACGAUAAUGGAAUAUAUAAAUGUAUCGUAACAAAUUGGGCAGGUUCGACAUCAAGAAUUUUCAACGUGACUAUUUUAGUACCACCGAAAAUAAUCAAUGAAUUCAAUGAAAAACCGAUCAGAGGAAAAACGGGUUUUCCGAUAACUCUUGUGUGUAAAGUAUCGGGUUUUCCAAAACCUACAAUUCUUUGGCAAAGAAAUGGAAUGUACCUGACUCAAAAUACAACCGACGUUAUCAUAGAAGAUUCUGGAAUGUUGGUUUUAAAAAACGUUACAAAAGAAUCAGCCGGAGCUUAUACUUGCGAUGCUGAAAAUUUAGGAGGAAUAGCACAAAAAACUUAUUACCUUUACGUUAAUUAUCCCCCGACGAUUAUAGAUAAUCAAAACGCGAGUAAAUCAUUGAUUUUAAAUAUGGGUGAAGAAUAUUCGAUUGAUUGUACCGCGGAAGGUAAUCCUAUUCCAGUCGUCAUCUGGAAAAAAAACGGGAUCCCAAUACACGAACAUCAAACGGAAUUAUCGAUUUUGGAUGACAACACGUUGAUAUUUUUAAAAAUCGACGAAGAAACUAAAGGAUUGUAUAAAUGCGAAGCUAUCAAUUCGGAAGGUAUGGCAUUUAAAGAAUAUGACGUCACAGUAACGAUUCCAAUACCUAUACCUGAUUUUCAUUUAACAAAACUCGAAAUAAACGAAGGGGAUUCGUUCACUUUAACAUGUCCGUUACUUAUACCAUCGAUUUCAUCAAAAAUACAAUGGAUAAAGAAUAAUAAACCGUUUCCGUCAUCGUUUCAAGAACGUUCAGACGAAGCGCAAUUGAAAUUAAGUUCAGAUCAUAGAACUUUGACAAUAAUGGAAGCACAUCCGGCGGAUAAGGGAAUAUAUUCGUGCAUAGCAACGAAUUCGGCAGAAAGAACUGAUGCGAAAUUUUUCGUCGAUAUACUAAUGACGCCUCAUUUUGAAGAAUUUAAUCACGUGGCACACAGAACGAUAUUGACGGGGGGUGAAGUUAUAUUAAAUUGUUCCGUCACGGGUAAUCCGCUCCCGAAAAUUAUAUGGAGAAAAGAAAAUACUUCGAUAACGCCGCACGAUACCUCAGGUAUCGAAAUAACGAAGGAGGGACAUUUGAUAAUAACGAACGGUCGUGUCAAUCACACGGGUACCUACAUAUGCCUCGCCAUAAAUAAAGUCAACGCGAAAGAAAGAGAAUUUUACGUAACUGUUUUAGAACCACCGCAAAUAUUGGGCACCAUAAAAGAAACCGUUAAAGUUAUGAAAGGACACGACGUGACGCUCGAUUGCAAAAGUUCAGGAUUUCCAUCUCCGACUUAUAUUUGGAUGAAAAAUAAUCCUGUAAAAACCAGAUUAAAAAAUUAUAAAAACGUAUUAAAAAUAAAUUCCGUUAAAUGCGACGAUGGCGGAACUUAUCAUUGCAUUGUUGCCAAUUCGGCGGGUACAAGAAUUAAAUAUUUUGAAAUUAUUGUUUUAGAAAAUUCUUCUGGAGAAAAUGAUGGGAUUAACAAUAUACUCGAUGAAAAUUCAACGACGAAAUGUAAAUCGAACGGUUUUUCCAAGCCUACUGGAAUGACAAUUCGUAGUAAUACGGGAAUUUUCAACAGAACAAAAAGAUCAUUUUCCGAUGGGAAAAAAAAACAAGAAGAAGAAAAAAUAUCUCUUUUGUUGUUAGCAGACGAAAAAGGAAAAAACGAUAAUGAAAAAUAUUCCCUAUUGGCAUUUAAUAAAGCUGGAAUAAUUGAAAAAAAAUUUAAAAUUAACGUUAUAGUUUCUGACACGUUAGAAGAAAAUAUAAAAAAUAAAAUAAAAAGGAUUAAAAUAAAAAAAACUCAACCGAUAAUACUUAAAUGUCCAGUCGAAGGAGAUCCUCUCGUUAUGUGGAUAACGGCGGAAAACAAAAUAAAAAUCGUCGACGAGAAAAACGUUUUCAUUUCCGGUAAAGAAAUGAUAAUAAAAAAUUCAUCGUACGAACAUUCUGGAAUUUAUGUAUGCGUAACUCAAUCUUAUGGAAGGCAAUCCGCUUUUACGUUUAAUGUCAGCGUACUAGAGGAGCCAAAAAUUUAUGGAAAAUCAAAAGAAUUUUAUAAAGUUCGAAUUGGGGAUUCGUUAACUUUGAACUGCGACAUAACCGAUCCACCUGGUACCAAAUACACGUGGUAUCAUUCUCUAAUUCAAAUCGUAAAUAAUUCUUACGAGAUGAUAUCGAGGGAUGGUAAAAUAUUGAAAAUUCCAUGGAUCGAUAUAACGAAUUUGGGAUCUUACGAAUGUAAAGCCGAGAACGAAAUAGGACGCGCGUCUGUUUUUCACAUUGUCAACGUUUCCGAAUCUUCACCGACAAACGAUUUAAAUUACAACAACAAACUAAUACGACUUAACGAAACGUUAGUUUUGCAUUGUCCGGUAAAUGGUAAAGAAUUCUACGAAAUUGCUUGGUUUAAGGGGGAUAGAAUUUUACAAGAAGGUACAUACGAACAAAUAAGAACUUCGAAUGGAUCGGAUUUGAUAAUUUCACCGUUUAAAUUGGAAAAUAUUGGAAAAUACACGUGUAAAAUAAGACGUGAAAACGAAAUUGAAAAUUAUAACUACAACGUUGAAAGUUUUGUUUCCGGUGUGUGGUCGUCAUGGUCCGAAUGGUCUUCCUGUUCCGUUUCUUGCGGUCCGGGUGAACAAACGCGUCAAAGAAUUUGUCAACGGGAAGAAAACGAGGGAAAAUUAAAAACGAUUUGUCAAGGAGAAAAUUUAGACAAAAGAAUUUGUUCGGGGAAAUGUCGGAUCGCGAAAAAUUGGUCCAAUUGGGGAAAAUGGUCGUCGUGUUCUACCACGUGCGGUUCUGGCGUUCGCAAAAGGUACAGAUAUUGCGGUCAUCCGAAAAUAAAAUACACGGAAAAAAUUUGCAAAGGUAACAAUACAGAAGAAGAAAUAUGUUAUGAAAAUGAUUGCCCGAGAGAUGGACACUGGUCGGAAUGGUCCGAAUGGAGUUCGUGUUCGCAAACUUGCGAUAAUGGAAUAAUGAAAAGAAUAAGAAAAUGCGAUUCUCCUCCGCCACAAAAUGGCGGGAAAGAAUGUUUGGGUUCAGAUCACGAAAUCAUCCUUUGCAAUUUGCGAAAAUGCGAAGAACCAGGUAUUUGGUUACCCUGGAGUCAAUGGACGCCAUGUUCGCAAACGUGCGGUAGAGGUUUUCGUAAAAGAAUAAGGAUGUGUAAACUAUCGGAUGGAGAAAAUGACGCGUGCGACGGUGAAAAUCUUCAAAUAAGAAAAUGUCAUUUAAAAUCAUGUUCGAAUACCAAAAAAAUACCAUCGUCUGCUGAUUUAAGGGUCAAAGGUCGAUUAAACGGUAAAAUAAUAAAUGAAAAAAUGGAUGUUAAAAUAGAAAAUUUCGAUACGAGGGAAAGUAAAAUAUCGACGAAUUCGAGUAAUUUAUUAAAACGCGAUAAAUGGUUUCCCUACUCGCCAUUCCUUCUUUCGCCACUGUCUUGGAACACGGCACGAGAAACUGACGAUGCCAAUAAUGGAUUUUCAUUAACGAAUGGAAAUUUUUUUUCACAAUCCGACAUUAAAUUUUCAACGGGAGAAGAAUUACAAGUGAAACACAAAAGCGAUGGAAUCGAUCAAAAUAGAACGUUUAUCGUGGAAAUAGAAGUUUCUGGAGAGGUACCGCAAUUCGAACCACACGCACACAUAUACAUACAACCAAUUGAACAAGAUUUCAUACAAUCUGGACCUAGAAACCUUUAUUCAUUCACUCAGAGCAAUGUUACCAUCGAGGGACGGGAUAUACCAUAUUAUUGGAACAAUACCAUUCAAUACGACGAUUAUAGAGGGACAAUGCCGUACCUCGUUGAAAAGUUAACCGUCGACAACAUAACAAACAGGUACGAUCCACAAUCUCAAAAUAUGAUAUAUUCUGCAUUUUCGACGAUAGGAAAAAAAUUUUAUAAAAAUGUAUGUCCCAUUGGAUUUUCAUACAAUGAUACAUUUUUACACUGCGAAGAUGUUGACGAAUGCGAAAUGAUGGAAGAUACAAUUUGUGGUAAAAAUGAAAUUUGUGAAAAUACCUUCGGAUCCUUUUCCUGCGUUUGUCGUAAAGGUUAUGAAAUGUUUGAAGAAAAUUGCAUCGACGUUGAUGAAUGUUUUAGAAAAUACGAUGCCUGUUCACAUUUUUGUCACAACAUUCCAGGUUCUUACAUUUGUUCUUGUCCAUUUGGUUAUUAUUUAAAUCACGAUAGGAGACAUUGCGUUGAUUACAAUGAAUGUGAAACAAUUCCAAAUGUUUGUGACAAAGAAGAAACAUGUGUUAAUCUACCUGGAUAUUUUCAAUGUAUAAGUUCACCAUGUCCUCCCAGUUAUAAAAGAAAUUUAACGGAUUUUUCAUGUACAAAAUUAUGCAAAAUGACUAAAAAUUGUACAAAAGGAGCUGAAAUAAUGGAAUCCAUUAUAUAUUAUCCGGCAACGUUAAAUUAUAAAAAUAUUUUACCACUUGAUAAAAUAAUAAAAAAUGAAAUUAAUGUAAUUAAAACUAAAUUUUAUGUGGCUGAAUCAAAAAAAAUUUUUCAAGUUAUUUUAUCUAAUGAUAAAAGAAGUUUUCUUUAUCCGAUAAGAAAAUUAAAUUCUAAAACACUUUACAGGGUAAAAGUUGAAGCUUUUUCAUACGAUACCAAAGAUACGCUUUUAUACUUCACUGAAAUUAUUAUAUAUUUAGUUAUGAGUUAA